GGUUGCUGUCCGCGGUGCUGAAUCCUGACGCGACUGCGGAAGAGAAGUGGCGUACCCGAGAAAUUGCUCUGCAAAUCUUCUCAUAUUUUCACUUUCACUCGCAAUUAUCUCAUCCAUCAAUUUUGGACCAUCCUGUAUUUAACACUGACACUAUGUUUUAGCAAAGGUGUGUAAUGGAUUAGACUAGGUAGAGUAAUGGAUUCGCCGUGUUCCAUCAUCUUCGCUGUGUUGGCUCUUUGCCUGUCUCUUCCAACUACCUCCGCUGACAACAAAUUUGGUUGCCUGUUUGAGGAUGAGCUCUGUACACCUUACGAGUUCUGCGCUAACGACAGAGUGUUUGGAAGGUGUCUGGAGUUACCUAGUGCGGACCUAUACACCUAUGAUGUGUCAGCCUCUGCUCUACAGCACCUGAGGACUCUCCUCCAGAAACUGUCCCACAGAGGGUUGACAUGGCAGGAUGCUACCACCCAGCAGGUGAUCUCCAGAGAGCUUUCCAAGAUACGCAAGGUUCCUAUCCGAAGGCCGGAACCCCCUUCUGCCUCUCUGACACUCUAUGGUGGAGCCAGGAAGCUCAAGACUGGAAAGGGAGAGCUUGGCUUCCAGAAGUACCUUCAAGAGCUUGGUCUCCUUCCCCAGUCUGUUGGCACUGCUCGCCAGGGGCCCCAGCGAGAGAGCCCCCUCACCAAGAAUGAAGACUCCCAGCCCAAGAAGGGAAAGUCUACAUUCUAUAGUCUACAGUCUGCAGAACCACCCCAGGGGGGUAAGGUCUUCACAAAGGGGGCCGUGGGGAGCUGGAGACCCCCAGUGGAGACAGCCUACUCCAGCCAGGAGCCUGGGAGUGCCAGGGGAAGUGCCAAGGGGUUGACUUCCCAGCUGGAGCGCUACCUGGCUGGGGCAGCACACACUCAGAGCCGCCCUUUACAAGGGGCAGUGGUGGGAUCAGUGGUGGGACCCAAGGGGAAGCUCCACUAUGUCAGCUAUGUCAGCCCUGUACGCUCUGGUGAUCAGGUGGAACCCCAGACACGACUUGGUGGCAGUGGCUCCACACCUCCAAGGCCCAACAUAGACAGGCUUCUCUUCAAGGCUGCUUCCAACCAUCAGGUGCCCAACAAACAGCUCAGUACAGUGGAUGAACGGUUCAUCCAGAACGUGGUCAACCAGCUGGGGAGGCAGAGAGUGAACAUGGACGGUUUGAUGGGUAAAGACCUGAACCAGCUGGCAGACAUCAUCUCUGAGGCCCUGCAUGUGGUGGAUGGGGAGGGGCCCGGGGCCAGAGCUAAGCCCAGGGUCAUGGCACCCAUACGGGACAGGCAGAUGAAGAGAGAGCCCUUACCUUCCAAGGACCAGGAUGAGGAGGACCAAGACGACAUGUUGCAAGAUGCAAGGCUUCAAGGGCAACCAAUGGAGGAUGCAGACUCUGAGCCAGACGACAAGGACCCAGUCUUCGUCAGUAAGCUGUUGGAGUACCUCAAUAUGGACCCCUUCAGUGAUGAGCCAGAUGCCCAGAUGGAGGUUGAUGGUGCUGGGGCAGCAGGCGGCCCCUCUAUUGAGGGCCAGAGAACAGUGGGUCUGGAGAAUGUGAGAAGCAGGACCACACAGGGCCAGGUGCCUGUACCACACCCCUGGGAGGAGAGGAACAUGGCCAUAGGAGGAGAGGAUAGAUCUCCAGACCAACCAAUGGAUGUCCAGGCUUCUGAAUCCAUGGUAGACUCCGAGGUGGAGAGGUGGAUCCACGGUACCAAAGCUCCACCUCCUCUGGAGGCUGAGACAGACCUCUUGGCAGAUAAACCACAGAAGAAGAAUCUCCUAGCAGAGCCACAGAAACAGGACAUGCGACUCCAGGAGGAAGAGGAGGUGGUGCAUAUGGGGGUCAAAGCUUACUCAAAGGCAUAUCGAGGGAAAAACCACCUCGGCGACUUUGGCUACAUCAUUACAGACACAGCCUCCCUCACCUCUGACCAGGGCCUGGACCUGAUGGAACAUGUGGGUCGGAGGAUCAACCUCCAUGUGGCCAACAUUCUCCACCUCUCAGUGCUGGGUCCAGCUGUGACCUUCAGGGUGGGCUCCAACCCUCGUAAUGUCAGCACUGCAGAUCUGGCCCACGUUGCAGUUCAGCAAAAGAAGCAGCUGGAGAAGGAAACUGGUGUGAAGAUCCUGGAGGCUGGUGUCAGUGAUAAGGGCAGCUUGAGACAGAUCCCGGUGGUCAAGGAGAGUCAUCUGGAGUCUGGUCAGUUCAUGGUCUUGACCAUCAUCUCCAUGGUUCUGAUCAUGGGGGCGCUGGCAGUGUCUGGCUGGCUCUUCUGCCUGCGUCACCGCUCCCACCUCCAACUGAAGGAGAAACUAGCCAGCCUGGGGACUGACACCAGCGCUGAUGCAACCGCAACCUAUCAGGAGCUGUGUCGCCAGCGGAUGGCUGUGCGGACAUCGGAGCGUGCGGAGUGCCCGGAGCCUCUGCGGCGCCUCUCGCGGCUGAACAGCUCGUCUUCUCAGUUCAGCGACGGGGGACCCAUAGCCAGCCCCUCGGCCCGUAGCUCCACUUCCUCCUGGUGCGAAGAGCCUGUCCCCUCCAACAUGGACAUCUCCACCGGCCACAUGAUACUGUCGUACAUGGAGGACCACUUGAAGAACAAGAACCGCCUGGAGAGGGAGUGGGAGGCGAUGUGUGGUUACCUGGCUGAGCCCGGUGACUGUGACGUGGGCCAGGGCCAACACAACACCAAGAGGAACCGCUCUGACGCCGUGGUUGUCUAUGAUCAUUCCAGAAUCACCUUGAAGGCUGAGAAUAACCAUGGCAACUCGGAUUACAUCAAUGCUAGCCCAAUUAUGGACCAUGACCCGAGGAACCCCAUGUACAUCGCUUCACAAGGCCCUCUACCCUCCACCGUGGCUGACUUCUGGCAGAUGGUGUGGGAAAGUGGCUGUGUGGUCAUCGUCAUGCUUACGCCCCUGUCUGAAAAUGGAGUGAAACAGUGUCAACAGUACUGGCCAGACGAGGGCUCCAAUGUCUACCAUGUUUAUGAGGUGAACCUGGUUUCAGAGCACAUCUGGUGUGAGGACUUCCUGGUCAGGAGUUUCUACCUGAAGAACUUGCAGACCAACGAGACACGCACUGUCACGCAGUUCCACUUCCUUUCCUGGGUGGACCACAGCAUCCCUGACUCAGCCAGGACACUGCUGGACUUCCGUAGAAAGGUUAACAAGUGCUACCGGGGUCGGUCUUGUCCAAUAAUUGUCCACUGCAGUGACGGGGCUGGCCGAAGCGGAACGUACAUCCUGAUUGACAUGGUCCUCAAUAGGAUGGCUAAAGGUGCUAAAGAGAUUGAUAUUGCCGCUACCCUGGAGCACUUGAGAGACCAAAGAGCCGGCAUGGUCCAGACAAAGGAGCAGUUUGAGCUUGCACUGACAGCCGUAGCGGAGGAGGUGAAUGCCAUCCUUAAAGCACUUCCACAGUGAAACUCGACGCCGCCCCACACCGUGCCACGUCUCGCUGUCUAAACACAUGUUUUUUUCUGCCCACUCAAGUCUGUCAUCUCGCUUCUGUCCCAAAUGGCACCCUAUUCCCUACGCAGUGCGCUACUUUUGAACAGGGCCCAUAAGGGUCUGGUCAAAAGUGGUACACUAUGUAGGGAAUAGGGUGGUGCCAUUUGGGACAUACAUACCUAUCUUCUCUUGUUUCUCUCUCCUCUGAUUCUCGCUCUUGGUAUACUUAUGAAUGUUGUGCCAGAUACUUGACCGACCUGGUCUUCUUAAGUGUGAUGUAUUCUUUUUGCAGUUGUGUUCCAGUGCCACUUACAGAUAGCUAGACAAAGUCAUGUGUGUUCUCUCUCUCUCUCUUUGUGAUCUGAAUAAUCUAUUAUACUAAGAAUCAGAUAAUUGGUUAUUGAUGUGUGAAGAAUAUGAUAUUGUAUUCAAGGCCUGAACAUCUGUGUCCUGUAUAUAGAGAAGCUGCUUCAAAGAACAAUGUCGAUGUGAUCUUUACUAUUAAAGUUCUGAACCACAUUCUAUGGCCCUGUUCAAAUACAUUCGAAAUGUAUCCUUCCUUCCUUGAGAAUCUGUAAGUGAUAUACACUACCGGUCAAACGUUUUAGAACACCUACUCAUUCAAGGGUUUUUUCUCUAUUUUUACUAUUUUCUACAUUGUAGAAUUGUAGAAUAACACAUAUGGAAUCAUGCAGUAACCAA